ACUAAACGAAAAGGUACCAAUGUGAGCUAUCUAAAGAUAGCUACAGCACUCGACCCAAGAUUUAAGAAUCUGAAAUGCUUUCCAAAAGUUGAUCAGGAUGGGGUGUGGAGCAUGCUUUCAGAAGUCUUAAAAGAGCAGCACUCUGAUGCGGAAACUACAGAACCCAAACCACCAAAAAAGAAAAUCAGCCUUCUGCGGGUGAUAUCUGACUAAGAUGAUGAAAUUGAACAUGUGUUGGACUGCACUGCUUUGGAUCAUUAUCGAGCAGAACCCAUCAUCAGUGUGGACACGUCCUCUGGAAUGGUGGGUGAAGCAUAAAGGGACAUACGAAUCUUUAGCACAUCUGGCACGUGUAUUAAACUUCAAUCCGGAUGCAGCUGAUUUCAUUCCAAGAGAGAGAGAGACUCCUGAUGUAAAUUGGAGAAGUCUGGGUAGAUUGGAAUCCAAUAGGAAUCGGAACAGAAAUGAUACUCUACCACUUCCUAGUCAGUCUUCUGAUAGAGGCACAGACUAUGUAAGCUCUUCCACAAAGCAACACAGCUUUUAUAGUCCAGAAAGCCAGUACUGUAGCCAGCAAGAUUUUCUCCAGGUUGCUAGUACCAGUAAACCUCAUAAGAAUCCUAGUUUUCAAAGCCAGCGAUGGCACAGAUCUAGAAGUGAUAGGACAUAUACAAGAAACCGGAUAAGGCAAUCAUCUGAUGGUACAACCAACAUGACAAUUGUAGAUACCACAUUAAUACCAAGGUGGAGAGUCAAUCCUAAAGAAUACAAUGACUUUUGCUCUUCAGAGAGUGACAAGGAGGUAUCUAGUGCAGAUAAUAGAGGGGCAAAGCCAAAGAAAACACACCUGAUGCCUGUAUCUGGAAGAGGCCUCAAAGAGAAGGGGAAGCAGUUACAUGAGCGGGAUAAGAGAGUGACAUCUAAACAGCAGGAUUAUAUGUUUGAAAACAUACCAUCUCUGGAUCUGACUCAGUCUGACUCUUCAGAAGCAUCUUUUGGCAAAGCAUUGUACGAUGGAUAUGCUGGCAAUAGUGAUGAACAAAAAAGAUAUCCAUUUGCGAACAAGAAAUACUCCAGGAAGUCCAUGUGGAGUAAACCCCAGUUAGGUAAAGAAAUCCAGAAAAAACAAGAUACUCACCGCAGUAAAAAUACAAAAGCAGUUAAGAAGCCACCUCUUACUUAUACUCAAAAAGAUAAAAUUAGUGAGAGGAGCAAAGAAUCAGGUGUUCACAACAAUGAUCAAAACUUAGGGGAAUCAGUCAAAUGUGGUGGAAGACAGCUUCACCUACAGGUGGAACACACAACCUCCCUUCACUUCAAUUGGACUCGGUAUUGGAAAAAGCAGAGUAAUGUACCAAGGAACAAGGAAACUCAUACAGGUUCUCUGAUAGAGCAGCUGACCACAGAGAAAUAUGAGUGUAUGGUGUGCUGUGAGGUGAUCCGAAAAAUAGCCCCGGUAUGGAGCUGUCAGAAUUGUUAUCAUGUGUUUCAUCUGAACUGCAUUAAGAAGUGGGCAAGAUCACCAGCAUCUCAAGCCGAAGAUGGCAAUAGUGGCUGGAGAUGUCCUGCUUGUCAAAAUGCUUCAACACAAGUUCCUACUACUUACACCUGUUUUUGUGGUAAGGUAAACAACCCUGAAUGGAAUAGAAAUGAAAUUCCACACAGCUGUGGAGAGCUUUGUAGAAAAAGAAGACCAGGUCAGGACUGUCCACAUUCUUGUAAUAUCCUCUGCCAUCCAGGUCCUUGCCCGUCAUGCCCUGCCUUUAUGACAAAAACAUGUGAAUGUGGGCAAACAAGUCAUUCAGUUCGCUGCGGCCAAUCCACCACAAUUCAUUGUUCUAAUGUAUGUGGGAAUACUUUAAAUUGUGGUAGGCAUAACUGUGCCCAGGUGUGCCAUGUGGGAAAAUGUCAUCCUUGUCAGCUUACAGUACAGCAAGUCUGCUACUGUGGGAGUACCUUUCGAGAUGUAUUGUGUGGAACAAAUGAAGAGCUUUCUGAUGGAUUUGGAAAGUUCUCCUGCCAGAAGACAUGUGACAAAAAAUUAAAUUGUGGAAGGCACAGCUGUAUGCAGAUAUGCCAUCCUGAGCCCUGCCAACUUUGUCCACGACUUCCCCAAGUAGUGCACUGCUGUCCUUGUGGGCAGACUCCUCUUAGCAGAUUACUAAAACUAGGAUGUAUUGAGCGUAAACUGUGCACGGAUCCGAUCCCAUCGUGUGGAAAAACAUGUGGCAAACCUCUACCUUGUGGGAGCCGUGAUUUCAUUCAUACAUGUGAAAAUCUUUGCCAUGAAGGAGAAUGUGGACCAUGCUCUCGUACAUCAAAUAUUUACUGUAGGUGUGCCUUCAAAACAAAGGAAGUCCCAUGUGCCCUCCUCAAAAAUAAAGCUGAUAUUACAUUUAUGUGUGACAAGCGAUGUAACAAGAAACGGUCAUGUGGACGACACAAGUGUAAUGAAAUUUGCUGUGUGGACAAAGAACAUAAGUGUCCCUUGGUUUGUGGACGCAAACUCAAUUGUAGCCUUCAUAGAUGUGAAGAACCUUGUCACCGUGGCAACUGUCAAACAUGCUGGCAGACAAGUUUUGAUGAACUAACUUGUUACUGUGGUGAGUCGGUAAUUUAUCCUCCUGUUCCUUGUGGUACUCAGCCACCAGAAUGUAAAAACUCAUGUACCAGACCACAUGAAUGUGAUCAUCCAGUGUACCAUACGUGUCAUAGUGAAGAGAAGUGCCCACCCUGUACAUACCUCACUCAAAAAUGGUGUAUGGGCAAGCAUGAACUGCGGAACAAUAUUCCCUGUCAUCUCACUGACAUCUCUUGUGGUCUUCGCUGCAAUCAAAUGUUAAAAUGUGGAAUGCACAAAUGUAAAAGGAUUUGUCACAAAGGGGUGUGUCUCAUAGAUGAAGAGUGCAAACAGCCAUGUACUAAUCUGAGACUAUACUGUAAUCAUCCCUGUAUGGCUCCAUGCCAUCCGUCUUUACCUUGUCCUUCAACUUCUUGCAACACAAAGGUUGAUCUUCAGUGUGAAUGUGGCAGAAGAAAGGAGGGUAUGAUUUGCUCAGAAGCAUCUAGUACAUAUCAAAGAAUAGCUGCUAUAUCCAUAGCCACUAAACUAACAGACCUGCAACUUGGAGACUCAGUGGAAAUUAGUAGGCUGAUUACCAAAAAAGAAAUGAAGCAAACAAGGUUGCAGUGUAAUGAAGAGUGUUUCGCCCUUGAAAGGAACAGACGCUUUGCUGAAGCUCUCCAUAUCCGCGAUAAUUCUGACCCUUUUAAUAUCCGUUCUUCUGGAUCAAAGUACAGUGAUAAUUUAAAAGAAGAUGCAAGGAAAGAUUUAAAGUUCGUCAGUGAUAUUGAGAAGGAAAUGAGAACACUCGUGGAAGCUGUAAAUAAGGGAAAGCAUUCAAAAAAGAGUCACUGUUAUGCACCCAUGAACAGAGAUCACCGCAGAAUCAUCCAUGAGUUAGCUCAAAUUUAUGGCAUUGAAAGCGUGAGCUAUGACAAUGAACCAAAGCGUAAUGUUGUUAUCACUGCAGUGAAAGGGAAAUCUAUUUGUCCAAGUAAUACCCUAACAUCUGUGCUAGAGAGGGAAAUGCAGACAAGGCCUCCACCACCUAUUCCUCACUACAGACAAACAGAUAAGAAUAAUGGAAACAGUGGCUUGCAGAAAACAUUAAAAGCGGAGCCAGUGAUUGACUACUUUGAUGUCCAAGACUGAAAUGAUCAAUCUUAAAAUAUUAUUUAGAAAAAUGGAGGAGAAGAUACAGAUCUAUCAUGCAAGAUGCUUUGUGGCUAAUUAAAUGAUUAACUAUUCAAUAUAUUCAGAGUUUAAAAUAGUAAAAAAGCAUGGGCGAGUUAAGUUUAUGAGCAAAAUAGCUUUGUCUAGAAAUUAACUAAAAUAUGAGCUCUGAAUAUUGCAAGAUAAGCUCUUAAAAGCCAAAUUCUGACCUCAGAUGGAUGUGCACAGCUCUCAUUGAAUGCACUGAGAACUGCAUGCGUUCAUCUAAAGCCAGAAUAUGGCUUAUCAUUUAUUAUAUCAAUGAAACUGAUAUUUUAAAUUUUACUGCAAAUAUUCAGCUGCUUUGCAUAUUUUUACAUAAGUUGCAGGUGCAGGUAUUUUUCACCUCAGGCUGGUAGAUUUUUCUUCUGUUUGGAAUCAGAAUAUCUUUAAUGAUGUGAACCUGCUCAUCCAUUAAUUUGUAGCUGAAAAAACUGGUAAUUAAACUGAUUCUAUUGGGGUAGUGAUAUUAGUGGCAAACAUUCCAAAGAUUUAUACUGAGGGAUCCAACUAUAUUGUUAAAAAAUAACAAUUAAAUCACAAAUCGCUAUCAUAUAAUCCUAAUGGAUAUAUUUUCAAAGAGUUUUCAUGUGAUUUUAAUCAUUCCAUUUCUAUUGCAAAUAUAUCGAAUUUGGGAGUGAAGUAUCUGAGUUAUUCCCACAUGGAAUAAAACUAAAAAUUUAGCUCAGCUCUACAAUAUGUUACAUAUUCCCAGUGCUUAGGCACACUGACACCUGCUAAUGGGGAGUGCAUCUCAUGUUCACUAGCAUUUGAGGAUUUUGGUACUUUCCAGUUCUUGUUCUUGAGGUGGAGGAGGAAAAAUGUCGUUUGUUUGUUUGUUGGUUUUUAUUAAGUAAAAGAAUAAUGGUUUAGUUUUCUUUGUGUUUUAUUUAGUUUGUAUAUUUAAACCAAAUACAGGGAUUAAAGUAAAAAUGAAAAAAAAUUUAAUUCAAACUCUUGAACAGUCAGAACCCCACGUAUGGCUUUGAUGUUCCAUAGAGAUUGAAUCAUAUGUCUAGGAUUAAACUGCUGACUUUGCUAGUUUAAUCUUUUCCUCAGUACAAGCUUAGAGCAGUAGGUUUGUGCUAGGCUUGUGUUGGAAUAUGGGUUGAGUUUGCAGCAAUUCUUGAAAACUUCAUAAGAAAGUCUGAUGUGUUAAAUCCCUCUCAAUGAAAACAGCCUUUUAAUGAUCACAUUACACUUUAAAUAUAUUGUACUUUACACCAUUCAGUUGCCAACACAGUCUCCUAGAUUUCAGAUUGUUUCACAUUAAUGGUUGUCCUCAUGAGGAAGGAGAGUUGAGGACCUUUCUGGGGAAGAUGCUAGUGGACCAGAUCUUUAGCUGGUGUAAAUUGUUAUAGCUCCAUUGACUUCACUUGAGCUACAGCAGUUUACCCAAGUUGAGGAUCUGGCCCCUUAUGCUAAUAAGCUCCUUACUCCUCACACUAUGCUCUGUCUGUCUCAUCCCUCCUGACUGCACACAGGCCUUGAAGUUAUUUCUUUGUGCAGCUCUUUGUGCUCAGGGGCAGCGUCUGUUUGCAUGUCCCAGAGAGCUUGUGGAACUUUUGAGGGCCGUUAGCCGCAGAGGCUCAUUUUCGGGUGGAUAUGUAUCAUAACACAUUGAUUUAGACAAUUGUAAUAUUCUACAUUGUCAAGAUGUUACAGUUUUUAUGGCUUUUUGUUGAUGUAUGUGUUUAAAACUUAUUUCAUUUAGGAAAUGACAACACAAUGUAAUAUGUUUCUAAUUAAAUGUUUGAGAUACAUCUUCUCCACUUAAAAGAACACUGUCAAGGACUGUUGAUCUUUUUUGUGUGUGAGAGUCUUCAUACAAUGAGUUUCACAUACAAUGAAAAUAAUUUUCUUUACCUUUUUCCUUUCAUUUGGUGAACAGAAAUCAACUUUUUUUAAUGAAUGAAUCUUAAAUGAACUAGCUGUUAUGGUUUGGCAUGACAGUGCACAAAAUUCUUAAGCAAGUUGAGCCCUAGUCUUGCAAGGUGCUUAAUGUUUUCAAUUUCUGCUGACUUCAGUGGAUGAAUAGGUUGCUCAGCAUCUUUCUAGAAGUGUGAUCUUGCAGACGCUUACACAACUAAGUAGGCCUAACAUGUGAGAGAGACUCUCAUUUAUUUCAAUGUCACUGCAUGACUGAAUGAGGGUUUGCAGUAUGGCCCAUAGUUUGACCCUACAUUAAUUUACUUUAACACAGGACUUCAUUUAAAAUAGCUAAAACAUCACCUACAUACUUGUUUGAAAUUUGCAUGAGGUUUUCAUAGCAGUAUGUCUAGUUCAUGCACUUUAAUUGGUAUUUUUAACAAAUUAUGAUUUGCAACUUAAAUGUGAGGCUGAUGAGAAGUAGUCUAGAAGAUGUUCAGGUUCUGAAUAGAUCUUUUAAUACUUCCAGCUUUUAAUCAGAAGAAUAGGGAAUUUUCAGUUUGCAAAAUAAGGCCAAUAAAUAUUGUGAAUUCAUAUGUACGGAUUAAUCAUAAUGCCCCUUAUGAAAUGUCUAACAAAAGUUUUGCUCAGUUGUGAAUAUUUACAUAUGUCUAAGCCUAUUUUAAUACCAAGGAGGUCAAAGCCUAUACAACAGCUUUUUAAAAAUCACUGACACACAAAUGUUUAUUGAAAAUUUCUUAUUGUAAUAGUUCCAUUAAAAAAAUCAUUCAUGCACUUCCCUGGGGAAGCAAUACCAAAACAAGUUUUUUCCAAAGUAUAAUUUUCCAGCUUUAAAAAUGAAUUCGGCUAGAUUUAAUUGUGGUGUUCUCCCUUCUCUUCUGGUUUGCUUUGGAUCAUUUUACUGCAUAUGUGUGCCUAAUGGGAAUGCUUUUCUAAUAUACCAUUUUGUAUUUCUUCUUAUUCUGAGUUGGCUCUUAGUCUAUUUAUCUAAGAGAAAAAAGAGUGAAGUCAGUGGCAUUGACUUCAGUGGUGCCAGUAUUCCAUCCUUGGUCUGUCAAUUACAUUGCACAGGUCUCAGAACAAUACUGUAUUUUGUAAAUUGUUCUUUAUUGAGUACAUUACAAUAAACAGAUUGUCUUUGAAGUAGACUGUGAGGAAGGGCAAAUUGGUUACAAUACAUAUAACUUUACCAAGUGCUUUUAAAUUAUUGUAUAUAAAAUACAGGUAGAAUUUUGGCAUUGGGUCUGUGUAACUGUUCAAUAGUUUAAUGUGUUAAGAAGUGCUCCAAUUAUUCCGUGCUUAAUGUACAUUAAUCUGUGCAUAAUCUAAAAUCCUUGCUGUGUAAAUUAGCUAUGGAGACCACUGUUUUGUGGCAGUUUUACAAUAUGUGCCUCAUGAUGAAGUAAGCAAAAGAACAUUGCUCUAAAACACUCUUAAUAAGUUAUUUGGUGACAGCUAUGUAUCUAUAUCACUUGAAUCUUUUCAAGUUUAGUGGUGUAAUAGGUGACUUAAUGUAUAAAGCUGUAAUAAAAUUAAGUUUCAAUUCC